CGCUCAUUUGAUUGGGAAAACUGACUGCCCAAAUCAACCAGAGGCGAUGAUCGAUCGCCGCUACCACCGCUCCUUGCAGGUGUUCUCGUGGGUGGCCUGCGCCGCCAUGACGGCCAAACUCGUGCUCUUCACCGAGUACGGCACGCGGAGAGGUCACGGCGAGCACGAGCACGUCUUCACGGGGAUUCAGAGGUACGCGGACAAGCAGCUCGACAAGUUCUUCGGCGUGGAAGACAUCAAGAAGCAGGCCCGGCCCGACCAGCAACACCCGUCCGCUGAUGCUGACAGGAAGGAAUAGACAGAUGAUGACGCUAGAGGAAUCCGCAAUGCAAAUGUGUACGACAUGUAUCUACAGUAAAUGCAAGAGCUACUUACUGGUAGAGCUUGCAAUCAGCCCUAGAAUGGUCGUCCCUCUUAUACUUUUACUCGCUCGGUUCAUCCGGAGUGGGUGCAGGUGCAGCACUAGGCUUGAACACAGCAAACUGUGGACGCGGCGGCUUAUGCUGUGC